CCGAUCGCCGCCCGCGCCCACCCGCGCGCACCGGAGCGCGGCUCAGGCCGGUGCCGUCCGUCCGUCCGUGUCCGUCCGUCUGUCCGCGCGCGGCCGGCCCGGGGCGCGGCGGGGGCGGGGCGGGGCGCGGCGGGCGGCGCGGGCCCCGCGGGGGCGGCGCGUGGAUGGAUCCGCGCGUGGCCUGGAUCCAGCCCGAGCAGAAGGGGCCGGCCAAUGCCCUGUGGAUGCAGAUCUGGGAGACCUCGCAGGGCGUGGGCCGCGGCGGCUCCGGCUUCGCGUCCUACUUCUGCCUCAACUCGCCGGCUCUGGACACGGCGGCCGCGCCCGGGGCUGCGGGACGCGCAGCGGCAGCGGCGGCAGCAGCGGCGGCGGCGGCGGGAGGCCCGGGGCCGGCGCCCGCCGCGUCGCCCCCACCGCCUGCGCCCGGUCCCGCCGCUGCGCUGCCCCCGGCUCUGCUGACGGCGCUCGGGCCCGCGGCGGACGGCGCGCGGCGCCUGCACAAGUCCCCGUCGCUGUCGUCGUCGUCUUCGUCGUCGUCGUCGUCCAACGCCGAGUCGGGCACCGAGAGCCCCGGCUGCUCGUCGUCGUCCUCCAGCAGCGCCUCGCUCAGCCGCGCGAGCGGCGGCCGCACCUUCUUCAGCUUCGCCGACGGCGCGGCCCACGCGCACCCGGGCCCACGCGGCCCCACGCCCGCCGGCUCGCCGCCGCAGCAGCACCAGUUCCACCCGGGCCGGCGGAAACGCGAGAACAAGGCCAGCACGUACGGCCUCAACUACCUGCUGUCCGGCAGCCGCGCGGCCACGCUGAGCGGAGGGGGCGGCCCCGGGGCCCAGGCGGCAAGGCCCGGCACGCCGUGGAAGAGCCGCGCGUACAGCCCGGGCAUCCAGGGGCUUCAUGAGGAAAUAAUCGAUUUUUAUAACUUCAUGUCCCCUUGUCCUGAAGAGGCAGCCAUGAGAAGGGAGGUGGUGAGACGGAUCGAGACCGUGGUGAAAGACCUCUGGCCGACCGCCGAGGUGCAGAUAUUUGGCAGCUUUAGUACAGGUCUCUAUCUUCCAACAAGUGACAUAGACCUGGUUGUCUUUGGAAAGUGGGAACGUCCUCCAUUACAGCUGUUGGAACAAGCCCUUCGGAAGCACAAUGUGGCUGAGCCGUGCUCCAUCAAAGUCCUUGACAAAGCUACAGUGCCAAUCAUAAAGCUCACGGACCAGGAGACUGAAGUUAAGGUCGACAUUAGCUUUAACAUGGAGACUGGCGUCCGGGCGGCAGAGUUCAUCAAGAAUCACAUGAAGAAGUACUCGCUACUGCCGUACUUGAUUUUAGUGUUGAAGCAGUUCCUCCUGCAGAGGGAUCUGAAUGAAGUCUUCACAGGAGGCAUCAGCUCCUACAGCCUCAUCUUAAUGGCCAUCAGCUUCCUGCAGUUACAUCCAAGAAUUGACGCCCGAAGAGCUGACGAAAACCUUGGAAUGCUUCUUGUAGAAUUUUUUGAACUUUAUGGAAGAAAUUUUAAUUAUUUGAAAACUGGUAUUAGAAUAAAAGAAGGAGGUGCCUAUAUCGCCAAAGAAGAGAUUAUGAAAGCCAUGACCAGUGGGUACCGACCGUCGAUGCUGUGCAUUGAGGACCCCCUGUUGCCUGGAAACGAUGUCGGGCGGAGUUCCUAUGGGGCCAUGCAGGUGAAGCAGGUAUUUGACUAUGCGUACAUUGUGCUCAGCCACGCUGUGUCGCCGCUCGCCAGGUCUUACCCGAACAGGGACUCUGAAAGUACUUUAGGAAGAAUCAUCAAAGUCACCCAGGAAGUGAUUGACUACCGGAGGUGGAUCAAAGAAAAGUGGGGUAGCAGAAUCCUUCCGUCUCCAGAGCUGGACAACAGGAUUAAGAUAAAGGAGAGAAUCAACACGUGCAAUGGGGAGCAGAUGAAGAGCCGGGAGCCCAGCUCCCCUUACAGUCAGCGCUUGACUCUGUCCCUGUCCAGUCCCCAGCUGCUCUCCUCAGGCUCCUCUGCUUCUUCCGUGUCCUCGCUCUCUGGAAGUGAUAUUGACUCAGACGCGCCACCCUGCAGCACACCCAGUGUUUGUCAGCUCAGCCUACAAGCACCCACCACCCUGAUGGCCAGCCUGCCCACAGCCUUGCCAAUGCCCAGCAGCAAACCUCAGCCUGCUGCUUCCAGAACCCUGAUCAUGACAGCGAACAAUCAGACCAGGUUUACUAUCCCUCCGCCGACCCUCGGAGUUGCCCCUGUUCCUUGCAGACAGGCUGGUGUUGAAGGAACCACAUCUCUGAAGGCUGUUCACCAUGUAACUUCCCCAGCCAUCCCCUCUGCAUCCCCCAAUCCACUGUCUAGUCCUCACCUGUAUCACAAGCAGCACAGUGGCAUGAAACUGUCCAUGAAAGGCUCCCACAACCACACCCAGGGUGGCGGCUACAGCUCUGUGGGCAGUGGAACCGUGAGGCCUCCUGUUGGCAACCGAGGACACCACCAGUACAACCGCACCGGCUGGAGGAGGAAAAAGCACGCGCACACGAGGGACAGCCUGCCUGUGAGUCUCAGCAGAUAAUGGCUCCUGGCUGCUCCCACCCCAGACUGCCCAUAGGCCUCGGGUACCCCAGGGAACCGAGACCAACAUCCAGCACCUCCACCGUGGGCUGCCGAGUGCCGCCCAGCACUGGUCACUCUGCAUGUUUGUGUGGUGGCCGCAUCCAUCUUACAGAGCAGCUCCAUGUGCUCAUCUGUGAAGCCUUACUACAUGUGGAUGUGCGUCUGCCUGCCUAGAAGUCUUCGUCCAUGCCCACCAGGGCGGCUCAGGAGUGGCAGGGACCGGAUGUGCUCGUGCGGGGGUUCUGCAGCCCAAGUCUGCCUGACCCAGGCAGAGUAGUUAAGCCCUGCUACAUGUCUUUCUCAUGGGAGUGUGCAGGCUGCCGUUUUACUGCCCUCAUGUCUUGUUUGAAACUUUGGGACUGUUUUUCUAUGUAAAUAUUGAAAACUUAUGAUUUGUGCAAUAACUCAGAUAUUUUUUAUUUAAUUUCAUAUUUUCACAUAAGUUAUAUUUAAGGGAGGAGGGAAUUUUUUUUAAACACGCUUAGAUCCUUUCCCAAUUUGCAUUUUCUAAGUUGGGUUCCUCGUGUUGGCUGGUUGUCUGUUAAGCGUCAUUACAUGAACACCGUGAGGAGGGGCUUGUGGGCUUUAUUUUUUACGUCUUUUCUUUUGGUCAGAUGCAGUGAAGGGGCCAGUCACCUUGAUGGUUUUGUGAGGCGCUCAGUUCCCAGGCCUCCAGUGUACACCUGGCAGCCUUGCUGUAGGCCUUGGGCUGUGUCCUGCUCUGACCACAAGUUCUGACAUUUUGGUUUGGGUUUUUAAAAACUAGACAGCAAAUCCAGCAUUUAAAAGUGCCAGAAGUAAAAACCUCGAAGGGGAGAAGAGGUGGUCACAUCGUACAAAUCGUAAAGUGUUGUGACUGUGGACGUGCUUCGGUCCCUUACGUGAUGCGGUCUAGAGCCGUGGGCCUGGUGAGUAUCAUCACAGACAAUGGCACCCAGAUUAGGAAUGUGGAGAAAGGAAUUUCCUUGAUUCCGUUGAGGAAUCUGCAUAGCGGUAUGCACUCGUUCUGUUAAGAGCAAAUAUCUGAAAAGUACCUCCGCUGUUCAGGGCACGCGGGGAGUCUAUUAAUGUAUCACAGGAGAGCACAGCCCAGCGUGGGCCCAGGAGCGGCUGGUGCCUGGCGUCAGAAGCAUACAGGUAUACUAUGCAAGUAGUCUGCCACAACAACCACUGUCUUUGUUACUGUUUUUGGACAAGAAUAUAUCCAUCGCCUAACCCUGAGUCUCUGGAGCACCACAGUUGUCCUGGGAGUGCUUGCAUCUUGUAGGCCCUCUGGCUUCCAUUUCUAAAAUGGGGUUCUGGCCCUGCUAAACACUACAGGUAGUUUGGUCUGGAAGUCCACUAGUGGAGAAUGUCAAGGCAAGAAGCUGAUUGCUGGGACUUGUGAUUGACACACAGCAGUGGGGGUUGUAGAUUGAUGUCUGAAUGUGAUGGACGCCUAGCCAAGGACAAACUCUGCGUGUCUGGGUCUGCCUCUCGCUGCUGUGGUGGGGCCUAUGGGAGACAGUCCAGAGCAGAGUAGCACAUGGGGUCUGCAGCUCAUGAGGAGUGGAAUCAUCCAAAAUAUUUAAAACUAUUUAAAUUGUGAAACCUGUUGCUAAAGAAUAUUUAUGAACACUGGUCCAUAGGCCUGUACUAAUUACACAUUAGCAAUAUUGACUGUAUCUGCAUUAAGGAGCCACCGUGGGGCCGUGCGAGUGACCCGCAGAUGUGCGUUUUAAAGUACUGUCCCAGGCACAGGUAUGUGUCCAUCCCCCUAAUGGUGAACCAGAUGAAUUGGCCUGGCUACCACUGUGGCCACAUGCUACAGUUUGACAAAAAGAUCAUGUUUCAAUUUUGUGUGUGGACAACAAUGUGGACACUAAAAUUGACAUAUUUUUAUGUAAAGUUUUUCUAUUCUUUGAUUUUUAAUAAACUUUAGA